AAUAAUUUUUCCCUCUUUCUCCUCCCUCUCUCUCUCUCUGUUCUCCCUCCUUCCCUCUUUCCUCUCUUCAAAACCCUAACCCUCUCUUUAACCCUAACCCUAAUUCUCUCCCUCUCCCUCUCGUGAUCAUGUCAGGCGACGAUGGGUCCCACUUCCGGCAUCAGCCUCCGGCGGCCAACGGCGGUCCCCAGUUCAUCCGGCCCAACCGCCCUUCCCGCUCCCCACCGCCGCAGAGUCCCGCCUAUACGCUCGCCUUCAGGCCGAGAAGUCCAAGAUUCCGCCGCCGGAGCCUCAGUUAAAGCAGGCAGUGAAGGCAGGUCAUAAAGUCGAGAAUGUCCAAGGUAAAACUGAACAAGGGCAGAAGGAAGAAAGUAAAGCUCAUAUACCUCCAACCUUGCCUGCUGCCGGUGGUAAACAGAAAAUCCGAAAGCCAAAAAAUAAAAGACUCAUGCCACAAGUGAUUGGAUCAGUUGAUGGUGUUCCAGAUCCCUUGGGUGCCAACAGCUGCCGUUAUGAUAGUUCUCUAAGCUUGUUGACAAAGAAGUUUGUUAAUCUGCUUCAGCAGCAAGAAGAUGGAACUCUGGAUUUAAACAAAGCAGCUGAACUUUUGGAGGUACAAAAGAGGAGGAUAUAUGAUAUCACAAAUGUUCUUGAAGGAGUAGGACUAAUGGAAAAGAGCCUGAAGAACAGAAUACGUUGGAAGGGAGAUGAUGUGAUGGGAUCUAUGGAGCUUGACAACCAAAUUGCCGAAUUGAAGGUGGCAAAUGGAUCUCUGUAUAAGGAAGAGUGCAGAACUGAUAGAAUGAUAAUGGAGGUGGAAGAGAAACUUAGGAUUUUGAAGGAAGAUACUAAGUUGCUUUAUGUCACCAAGGAAGAUAUCAAUAGCCUUCCAUGCUUUCAGGAUUCUACACUGAUUGCGAUAAAAGCUCCUCGUGCCACUAGCAUUGAGGCUCCAGAUCCUGAUGAGGGCCUUGGCUUCUCAGAGAGACAACACCAGCUCGUACUUAGGACCUCAAUGGGUCCCAUUAGUUGCUUCUUAAUCAGCAACCAUGAAGAGACACCUGGGGUUUCAAAUGAAGGAGAUCAUCCUGUACCCAUGGAUUUAUCUUUGGAUAUUAGUUGGCACAACAGAAAUGCUGGAUCCUCUUCUCAUCCAAUGGAUCAAGAGGCAAAUACUUCAGAUCCGUUGAUUUCUGACGGACUCGUUGGUGGUAUAAUGAAGAUUGUUCCAUCCAAUGGUGAUGCAGAUGCUGAUUACUGGUUUGAUUCAGGGAUACAAGGUAGCAUCACAGAUUUGUGGAGUCAAUAUACAUAAUGAAAGCAAGAGGAUAGAGUGUGUUCCAUGUCGAAAGUUUUGAGCAGGCUCACUGCUAAAAAUGAGUUUGGAUAUAUGAUAGAAGAGUUUCUGAAGCUCCAAAUGAAUGUGAUCUGCCUGAAGAGAAGAAACUUUAGCCCCUCGGGGUGUAAAGAAUAUAUAGAGGUAACUUGGAAUGGGAGUAUUCCCUUUUCCGCCCUAACCCUUGAGAAAUUUAGAAUUGUAAAUAUUGACGAUAGCCCUCAUUAUUAAUCCCAUAGUCAUCAUGAAAUAAAAGGUUCAGCUUGCUUUAGCAGUUAGUUUGAACUAUUGUUAACACUAUUUUAUUUCGCUAAUCAUGUGUUGCUAGAAUAACCUGUAUACACGUACUACAUAUUGAUCUGAUCAUCCCUACAUAUUGAUCUGAUCUCGGUCAUUUCUUUGUUACAGUCUCGUUUAAUGUUUUCAUUAUGUCUUUAGCAUCGUUUAAAGGUUUUCUUAGAAGUGGGGGGAAAACACCAUGUUUUGCGAAGAAAUCAAUUCCUCCCCAAAAACGCGGAAAUGGGAUGGAAAAGGUUGGGAAAAUGAGUUUUUAAUAUUUAAACAAUUGAUGAUGUGGGGAGUUGGUAAAUGUAAUAGUUAAUUAAUGGGAAGAGGUUUAUAUCUCAACUUGUUUCUUAUUUUUGGCUUUUGAAUCAAGUCUCGGCUUCUAGCAAACUUCCUUGAACUUAAUUUUGUCGGGGAAAAAGGGUUAAUUUCCCGUAACCCCCCUAAACUAUGGGUUUAUCUCGCAUAACGCCCUCAACUUUAAAUUGUCUCAUGAAACCUCCUUGAACUUUGAACUUUUCUCAUUGUACCCCUACAUAUAAUUUGGAAAUAACUAAAAAUGUUAUUAAAACUAAAAAAUUCAAAAUCUAAGAGAGAGGCUAUAUUACCUGUAAAUAAUAGAUAAAGAAUGUUUAAAUUUUGUUUCUAUUGGGAUUCCGAAAUCAUAAAACUGAUAUAAAUAUGUGCAUCCUUCCUCCCUUUGAGCUUGACGGGCACCAGAAUCUUUUUGGGAUAAGAUGCAGCUAAUGGAUAGGCCAAAUUUCCGUACGGAAUCCAUCCACAUUCGUGGGCCGUGGCAGACCAAAUCAUUCAUUUCAGGGUCCUACGGAAACUCGUGCCUUCCUAAAUUAUGUGCAUGAUCCGCUCUCUUCCUUUUUUUCAGAAAACAAAAACAAAAAAGGUAAUAAAUUGAGGGAAGAGCAAACAAAAUAAAAUUUUUUGUAACGAUUUUAAGAGUGGAAAACAUUACCUAAAGAACCUAUUCAUAAUAAGUAGAACUACAAAUAUUCCAUUUACCAUUGAGUAAUACUACAGAGGGUCUUGUAACAAUUAAUCCUAAAAAAUAACAGGAAAUCAAAAUAAUAGUGAAAAACAAUACGGCACAAACAUCUGUGCGAUUGCACGUGCACGGGGUCCACGUUGGCGAUCAUAUUGUCGCUCGGCACGAUCAAAACAUGCGGAGGGCCUUUUCUCGAGAAACCCCUUGGAGAAACGGUUUAUACCACUUUGCCCCCA